GAAACUCGGCGUUGUUAAACAGAAUCUUCCCAUUUUCUCAAUCUCUUUCUCCGAUUCUCUCUCUCUAAAAAAAACCGCUUUUCUCUCUAAGAUUCCGGUUUUCUGAUCCCUUCCCUUUACUCUCUAUUCCUCUAUCUCUAUCUCUAUCUCUUUCUCUCUCAAUAUAUACAGCUAUAUAGAUCUUCACUAUCUCUCUUCUCUGCCUUUGCCUUUGUUUUCAAUCAAAUACAUUUGUUACUUAUCUGAGAGAGAGAUAUAUACAGCGAUCAGAGAUGGGUGCAAUUCCUCCUGAACUGAGCUUGGAUCUUAAACCAACUUAUAUCCCCAAAACGAUUAGCGAUUUUCUCAGAGAACUUUCAACGAUCGGUAAUGCUACAAAGAGGCUUUCAGAGCUUGAAGAUUUUGUUAAGAGAUUAGAAGAAGAAAUGAGGAAGAUCGAUGCCUUCAAACGCGAGCUUCCUCUUUGCAUGCUCCUCCUCACCGAUGCUAUUGUGACUUUAAAGGAGGAAUUGAUAAGGUGUAGGACAACAAUUGUUGAACCAGUAUUGGAAGAAUUCAUACCAAUAAAGAAGACUUGUGAUGAAGAUGAGAAAGGUGAGGUUCAGAAGGAAAAGGACAGCAGUAAGGAUAAGAUGAAUUGGAUGAGAUCUGUGCAGCUCUGGAACAGUGAUCCUUCUGCAAAUAUCAAUAUCAACUCUGAUCAGAAAGAAAAUUCAGUACCAGAAAUUAAGCAGAUUGCCGAGGAAGAUAAUCAGAGGGUGACUAAUGAUCCAUUUCAGUCCAGUAAAACCAGAACUGGGGGGAGGGCAUUUAUGCCAUUCAAGGGGUACUCUGUUUUUCCGGUGACGGCGCCGGCCACCAGGAAGGAGGAUGAGGGCGAGCUACCAGUUGCUGGACUUUCCUUUCUUACUCCUGGAAUUAGGAAUCCCAAAGAAGAAUUAGGUUCUGGUGGCUUAAGUUCUAAAGCCAGUUCUGGUGACAAAGCAGGUUCCUUUUCUGCCCCAACUGGUCAAUCAAAUUUAAGGACUGGGCUGCAGCCGUCUCAGCAGCAGACUGCCAGGAAACAAAGAAGAUGCUGGUCACCGGAGUUGCAUCGGCGGUUUGUCAAUGCCCUGCAACAACUUGGGGGUUCACAAGUGGCAACUCCCAAGCAGAUUAGAGAACUCAUGCAGGUUGAUGGUCUCACCAACGAUGAGGUGAAGAGUCAUUUGCAAAAAUACCGGCUUCAUACUCGAAGACUCCCAGCUGCUGCAGCUACACCUACAAAUCAACCGGUCGUCGUUUUGGGGGGUUUGUGGAUGCCCCAAGACCAGUGUGGUGAAACUUCAAAGCCCAGCAGUUCCCAAUCUGGUUCUCCCCAGGGACCCCUCCACUUAACCUGUGGAGGGACUUCUACUACAGGCGGUGACAGCAUGGAGGAGGAAGAGGAUGAGAAAUCCGAGAGCUAUAGCUGGAAAAAUCACAUUCACAGAUCUGGAAAAGAUGAUGUAUAGAAUAUAUCCCACCAUGAAUUUUGCAGAUAAACCUAUACAUGGGAGGAGUCGACGACCAUAAGAAUAAUUCUAUAGUAUACAUAAAGGAGGAGCAUAAGAAAGGCUGUGAAAUUUUGCAGGAUUAGUAUUCCCUUCCUUCUGAUCUGAAUUUGAGUUGUUAUCUUUUGGUUUUGGUGUAAGAUACUUGACGUGAGAUUCGUAAGUGCAUGGGAUGAAGGAACAGGAUCGAUUCCCUGAACUAUAAGCAUUUCUAUAUGGUAUUUGUUCAAUUAUUUUAGAACCAGUAUGUUGCUUUUCUUGUCCGGGGUUGGAAUUGACUGGUUGCGGGAUAUUUUAGUUCUAUGGACAGUUUCUUGUAUGGCUGUUACUGGUGUAAGUAGAGUUGAUCCUUUCUUCUGUUCUAACCUUUCUUCGAUAUUCUUGAAGAAAUGUGCAGAGGAAACGUUUUCCGGGAAAUGUCAGAAUGGGAAUGCCUUCAAAGUGUGGGCAAGAGCAAUAAGAUUAGCCUUUAACCAGAAUACCAUCCCAUAUCUUCUGAUGGUAAUUAUAGUACCGUUGGUCGAUUUGAUGAGUUCAUUCUUAGUUAGAAGAAAGGAUGGUGUGGCUUCCAAUUUAUUCAAAUGCUCUUGCCCUCGGAUUAAUAUCAAGUUCAGAUCUUAGUAGUUUAAAUUGUUCUAUGAGAAUGAAGCCUUAUAUAUAGAUAUAUAUUUUGUUUCAUAUGGCACUGAAAUUGAGCAAGUUUGUUGUUUCAUUGCA